AUGGUUCGCGAGAGUGGCAUCUCGGCUACCAAGCCCAUCUUUCCCACCUACCUGCUGUCCAGCAUCAGACUACCUUUCUCUCGUCGCCACUCUGCGUCGUCGAGUUCUGCCACCGACUCGACCGCUUCUUCUGCUGUCACGACACCGGCAAGCUCACCUCCGAACCAUGGACCCUUGACAAAUGCCGAAAAGGGUUCUCGGCUAACCAAAACCGCGCCGAAUACUCUACGCUGCGCUGGGUGCUCGACCGAUCUUGCCUUUGCCUCCCAGAUUAUAUCCAAGGGCUUUACUGGCCGAUACGGUCGCGCGUUCCUUGUUGCUCCGCCUGCGCUACCGGCGCCUCAAACACUGAACAAUAUUCGAGUUGGCAAAAGCGAGAACCGGCAACUUGUGACGGGCUGGCAUAUAGUGGCAGAUAUCACUUGUGGGAUCUGCUCAACCAAGCUAGGUUGGAAAUACGUCGACGCCAAGGAAGAAGGACAAAAAUAUAAAGUUGGCAAGUUCAUCCUGGAGGUAGAGCGAGUCGUCACAUAUCGAAGCUGGGAGGACACUGCCGACGACGAUGUCACCUACAUGUCCGAAUUGGACAAGCACGACGAAGAUGAGAUUGUGUUUGAUUCGGACGAUGAGGAUGAAUGCGAGGACAUAUUCGCGGGGACCUGGGAUCCUGAAGUAGUGGGAAGGAGGCGGAGCCGAAUGGUUGCACGAACAAGUCGUGCCGGGAACGAAUAA